CUACAAACUCCAAAAACCCAACACAAACCAGAGUUUGGGAUUCCAAAUCCAAGAGGCAGCCACAUUUCUAUAUCAUCAGAAGAUGAGGGUGGGCGCUCAUGAUCUGAAGCUCAAGGGGCUCAAGAGGUCUCUCAAGGAGCACAAGGCCAGGCUCUACAUCAUCCGUCGAUGCGUCGUGAUGCUCCUAAGCUGGCAUGACUGAUCAAGCGAUUCGGAGUGAAUUUCUUCACAGUUUCUCUUACUUCUCUAUCUGACUGGCCAGCCUAGUGGCUGAAAUUUUGGGUCUCUAUCUCUGAUGUAUGUAACAGCUGUAUAUAACCUGUCAAAGUAGGAGGACUGGAAAUCAAUGGCAACUUCUUUCUUGA